AUGGCUAUGAUGGGGACUAAAAGUCCUGGUUUGACACAAGUGGGGAUGUACCGAUGUUUAGCCUACAUGGCCAUGAUCCGGGACCCUAAAAAACGGGCUGGGGCUUCUGACACGUCUGUCUAUGGAAUUGCUACGGACAGUAAUGCGUGGUGGUUUAUUCAUCUUCGUGACGAUGGAAAGGUAUGA